AUGUUGGCGAAGACAGCAAUAAAAGAUAAGAAAAGCUUAAGGACUGACUUGGUGUUCCUUGUACUUCCAUAUGGUAUUCUUUUAAUUGAUAUCAACGAAGUCAAAAUUUACAAUAUUGGCAAUGAAACGUUUUUGAAUUCAAGUGUGACAUUUGUAAAACUUAUUCAUUUUGCAAAUGUUCUUUAUUUACAAAGGACAGGGAUCUAUCCAAAAGAUACAUUUUCUAUUGUUAAAUUGAAAAAAUCGGGAAAUGAAACAUCUCAAUCUCAUCAAACACAUGCUAUUUGUUGCGAAGUACUAUUCGGUCUUCUGAACAAGAGAAACAUCCUGACUUAUCCAUAUAAGUUUCGGCAAUUGCUUUUGGUAGCUCAAUGUUUGAUUGCAAUCGAUUUGGAGAAUACGGAUGGUUGUUUAAGACAGAUUAAAGCCUUUUUAGAGUCCCGUUUCUCAUAUUUAAAGCUGAUCACGCUGGACAGCCAUCCCAGCUCGCAUUUUUCGUGCCUUGUUGCAUCAGACGAAACACUUUUUGUAAAGGAGAUUGCAACAAACAAAGUAGUUAAAGACAUGCAACGUCUUUUUCAAAAUGAUAUUUCAUAUCAACUUUCUGAAAAUAUAUGUAAGCAUGUUUUGAAAUUUAUUUGUUCUGAAGCGUCCUUUAUACGUUCUUACUGUUGUGCAACAGUCAAUGAUGAAACCUUCGAUAAAAGCAUCGCCACUAUCAUUAGAAGUCGACAAUAUCGAAGUAAUAUGGAGAGAAUGUCAUUAGCAGCGUCAGGGAAGGAAGACCUGGCCAAGUUCUUACCCAGUAUUUUUGUGAAUUGUUUGGCAAUUGGGUUAAGAGUCACACUGACUGACUUUAAACAGAACUGGCCUGUAUCUAUCCCAGCUACCUCUAAAUCACUCUUUACGACCUUUGAUUUUAUCGACAUCUUUCUUUUACAGUUGUUAGCGUUUCGAUAUAUUGCAUCAAGAUCGGAUAGAUCUGUUACAGAUUUGGUCCUAGAAAUGGAAACGUUAGAGAAUGUAAGCAAUCAAUCUGACACUGAUAGUGAUAUUUAUUAAAAUAUAGUUAUAUGUUAUCGUGUUCGUAUUUGUUAAAACAUUUUGUUUCUUAGGUAAUAUUUUUUAUAUUUUCAGCUAUACAAUUUAUUUUACUUUAAAUAGAUGUGCAGCCGUACUUUAAUUUUGAUCAAUGGUAA